GCGUUCCUCAGCAGUGCCGCGGAGGUCAGUGGACGGAGGGGCCUCGCACGUCUCCCUAAAUUGUGCCUAAAUUACCCUCUUAAGCCUUCCCGUGGAUGUAAUUACCUGCGCGGCGGCACCAUCAACGCCAGGUAGCCAGAAGGAGAUGAUGAGGGGAGUAAGAUGCGAAUGGGACAGGGGUUGACAGCUCGACACCCCAACCCAACCAAGAAGAAACCCAACUCAACCUCAACUCAACCCAGCAACUCCUACUCAACCCCUUCAAUACCCUCAAAUUCAACCCACCAUCAACUCAACCUCAAGUCAACCCAGCAACUCCUACUACUCAACCCCUUCAAUCCACCAUCAAACCUCUAUAAACAACCUCAUCAACCCAUCUACUCCUAUUCAACCCCUUCAGACCCCCAUCAAACCUCCAAUCAACCUCUUUAACCAACCCUCUAAAUCAACUUGCUUAAUCAACCUCUUAUCAACCCUAUUUCAGCUUACUUCAAGCCCAUAUCAACCUCAAUUCAACCUCAAUUCAACCUCCUAAAUCAACCUUCUCAGUCAGCCUAUCAAUUUCUCCUCAAUUCAACCCAUUUUCAACCUAAUUCAACCUACUUUUUCAACCUCCUUAUAAAACCUCACUCUACCUCUAUCAACCUCUUUGUCAACCUCUCCAUCAACCUUUUUUUCCCUCUCCACUUCUUCCUCUUCUUUUUCUUAAGGGUUGAAAUAUCUCCUUUGAAGUCAUCUCCUCCUCCUCCUCCUCUACCUCCUCCUCUACCUCUCACCUGGUUGCCAAAUCUCAGACCUCACCACCAAGAUGUACUCCAACCACCACCACCACCACCCACAGCACCACCACCACCCGCAGCACCACCAGGACCAGCACCACCACCAGGGUCAGCACCGGCCUGGGUUCAGCUCCCCGGAGAGUGCGGCAGCUGUGGAGAUUUUUGAGCAGCUGUGCACGGCUUCCACCUUCAAGUCUGUCCUCCACCACUACCGCCAGCUGUGUGAUGUCCUCAAGCUCAAACCUACCAAUAUUAGGAACUUCUACCCUAAGCUGAAGUCUCGGUUGCGGUCGUGGAAGGCGCAGGCGCUGUGGAACAAGUUUGACAAGCGUGCCGCCCACAAGUGUUACAACCACGGCAAGUCAUGUCAGGACUGCAAGGUCCUGAUCAUCGGCGCGGGCCCCUGUGGUCUGCGGUCGGCCAUCGAGGCUCAGCUGCUGGGUGCCAAGGUGGUGGUGGUGGAGAAGAGGGACCGCUUCUCUCGCAACAAUGUCCUGCACCUCUGGCCCUUCGUCAUCACCGACCUCAAGCAGCUCGGGGCUAAGAAGUUCUACGGGAAGUUCUGCGCGGGGGCCAUCGACCAUAUCAGUAUCCGUCAGCUGCAGUGCAUCCUCCUGAAGGUGGCGCUGCUCCUGGGGGUGGAGGUGUUCGAGGGCGUGUCCUUCGAGGAGCUGGUGGAGCCCCCGGCCAACCAGGAGGAGAAGAUAGGGUGGAGGGCGCGUCUGUCCCCCGCCGACCACCCCGCCAACCAGUAUGAGUUUGACACCCUCUUCGGGGCGGACGGGAAACGCAACACGCUACCAGGCUUCAAGCGCAAGGAGUUCCGCGGCAAGCUGGCCAUCGCCAUCACCGCUAACUUCAUCAACAAGCGCUCCGAGGCAGAGGCCAGAGUGCAGGAGAUCAGUGGCGUGGCUUUCAUCUUCAACCAAAAGUUCUUCAAGGAGCUGUACGCGGCGACGGGCAUUGACCUGGAAAACAUUGUCUACUACAAGGACGAGACGCACUACUUUGUCAUGACAGCGAAGAAGCAAUCACUCAUCGACAAGGGAGUCAUUUUGCGGGACUUGGCAGACACCCAGGAGCUGCUUCACUCGUCGAACGUGGACCGUGCGGCGUUGCUGGACUACGCGCGCGAGGCCGCCGACUUCUCCACCAACUACCAGCUGCCGCACCUGGACUUCGCCGUCAACCACUACGGCAAGCCUGACGUGGCCAUGUUUGACUUCACCUCCAUGUUCGCCGCGGAGAACGCCUGUAAGAUGUGGGAGCGCAAUGGCCACAAGCUGCUGACCGGCCUGGUGGGGGACACACUGCUGGAGCCCUUCUGGCCCACGGGAUCCGGGUGUGCUCGAGGCUUCCUGGGCUGCUUCGACGCGGCGUGGAUGAUGCGCUCCAUGGCCUCCGGGAAGAUGUCGCCGCUGGAGGUCCUGGCGGAGAGGGAGAGUGUGUACAGACUCCUGGCCCAGACCACGCCGGAGAACUUAAGCAAAGACCACCUGUCCUACAUGCUGGACCCAUCGUCGAGGUACCCCACCAUCAACCUCCGCGUGGUGCUGCCCUUCCAGGUGCGCACCCUCUUCGACACGGACAACCCCGCACACCUGGAGGAGCUGACCAACCCACACCUGGCCAACGCACAGCCUGCCGACGACCUGCCCAAGAAGAGGAAGAGGAGAGACUCCUUCAUCCACCCCGACACCCUGCUGGUCUGGUGCAAGAAGCAGGUGGCUCUCUACGACUCCGUGCGGGUGGAGAACAUGGCAGCGUCCUUCAAGGACGGCCGUGUGCUGUGUGCCAUCAUCCACCGCUACCGGCCGGACCUCAUGGAUUUUGACUCCCUGAGGCCCGAGGACAUUGCUCAAAACAACCAACUCGCUUACGACAUCCUGGAGCGCGACUUUGGCAUCCCCCCGGUGAUGACGGGGGCGGAGAUGGCUGAGUGCGAUGUGCCUGACAAGCUUACAAUGAUCUCCUACCUUUCGCAAAUCUAUGACGUCUUCCGAGGAGAGAUUCCCCACUUCAAGUACCCAAAGAUGGACGUAGGAGAGAUGGAAGUGGAGGAAAACGAGCUCCGCGGGGUCACCAGGAGACAACCACACGGCCUCGGUUCCACCUCCACCACCGCCACCCCGCAUGUCAACAUCCUCAAGAACCUCACCAACAAGACAAGUGUGGCCCAGACAACGCUAGCAGGCAGGAAGAGGCUCACACAGGACAGGUCAGGAGGCAGGAGUGACGGGCGGCUGACCUGUCGGGUGAUAGAGGAGGGAGGCUCUGCAGGGGCGGCGGCGGACCGGAAGGGUGACACUCUCAAGAAGACCAAGAAGAGGAGGAGCGACAGGGUCAUGUCUCCACAGGAGGAAGAAGAGGCCCUCCAGCGACGCGACGAGAUCCAGCUCAACCGCACGGAAUAUCUACGGAAGCAGCGGGAGCGUCGGGAGCUGGAAAAAGUCCGCUUCAUCCGUUCCAUGCAAAUGCUACAGUGCGGGGGGAACGGCCUCAACCCCAUCAUCGAGCCGUCCUACAAGCGGGACCAGGACUCAGGGAUCACAGAGUACCGCAAGCAGGCCAGCAAGACCAUGAAGGAGAAGGCCGAUGAGCUGGAGCGAAAGCUGAACCACCGGCCUGACCGGAGCCUGGAGGAGGACCCCAUCAGGAAGGCCCACGUGGAUCAAUCCGAGGAUUUCAACGACAAGGUGAAGGAUCUGGAGGCAAAGUUCAGUGCCAAGACCAACACCAGCUCUGCCGACAGGAAGCCAAAGGACCUGCUGCGGGCGAUCGGCAAGAUUGAGAAGUCCGACUGGAACCUUGCAGCCAUCGAGAAGAAGAUGCAGGAGAGCAAGUUCGGGAUGGAGGUGUCGGCCGGCAAGGAGAAGGUCCCCAAGUGGAACCGCGACAACUAUGACGACAAGUUCCACAACAUCGAGAGGAGGCUAAGGGAGAACGGUGAGGACGAGGAGACCAUCGCCAAGUACCGGGACAUUGACUCCUCGCUGAAGAGGCUGGAGAUGAAGCUGAGGGAAGGCUCAACGCUGGAGACGGGCCUGAGGGGGAACAACAAGGUCUCCAAUCUGGCCUCACAGCUCUCCUCUAAGCUGGAGAAGAAGGAGCCAGAGAAGGUGCUGGUGCCCAAACAGCAGCCCUCCCGGCCCAUGGUUCCGCUGCCGUCCUCUGGGUCCGACCUGUGUCACUUCUGCGGCAACCGUGUGUACUUGGUGGAGCGGCUCAGCGCGGAGGGGAAGUUCUUCCACCGGCAGUGCUUCAAGUGUGACUACUGCGCCGCAAACCUCAGGCUGGGUAACUACGUCUAUGACCGCGAGGGUCGUUAUGGCGGCAAAUUCUUCUGCAUCCCGCACUUUGGCCUCACGCCGCGCGCCAAGGGGCUGAGGCGGCGAGGCGAGGACACGGACAGCGCCAAGGAAAACAUCGUGCCCCCCGCCGCAGCCCCGCCCCCCACCCCCCCGCUGCUCCAGGUGCCAAGCGUGACUGGGGGAGGAGACGCAGGGCAGGGCAGGGCACCAGGCACCCCCUCCACCACCACUGCCACCACCGCCACCACCACCACGGGCACCCCAGAGGACCGUGGAACCACACCAGAGCGAGUGGAGUUUGAGAAUUCACUGGUGGAGCAGAGUGACGAGGAGGAGUACCUGUCGGAGGAUGAGUGGACGGACCGCAACUUUGGGGCCUCGGCGAAUGAGCUGGAUGAGUCGGAUGGCGAGGACAGCGACUACUCAGACCUCAGUGACGAGGAAGCGGAGGACGAGGAGAUGGAGUUCCUUGAGGGCGGCGGAACACUGACGGCGGCUGAGACGCGGCGGCUGGCUGAGUCUUGGCAGCGGAGGUACUCGACGGACCGACUCGACGAUGACUCACCAGCACACUCCGGCCACGACUCCGAGUCUGACCUGGACUCCGACAACUUCAGUGAGGAGUACGGGGCAGAAGGGGAUGAGAGCCACACUGCCACGGAGGGUGAGGGCGGCGAGGAUGAUGACGAGGAGGAGGAGGAAGGGGAGGCUGUCAAGCGGGCGCGGGAGCUGCGACGCCUGGAGGUCAACAUUGACGUCACGGCGCCGCCCAGGAAGGCCGAGACCUCUGACAGCGGCUCAGACACAGAGGUUGCCAGUGACGAGGAGAGUGAGGAGAGCGACACACAGAUCGACACUGACUCAGAGUUCGCCGACGACCACGUGCCGCCCGGACCCCCUAAGGAGAUCCCAACCAUCAUCAUCAACGAAUCUCCGAACCACCGGCAGGAGAGCCCCGCGCCGGACGACAAGGGCGGGGGCCGGGAGGGGGAGCCGCACCCUAGCCUAGUGGCACAGCGCAUUGACCUUGGCCGGGAUGGGGGCGAGGGGGAGUGGGUGAAGGAGAACGGGGAGAAAAGCGCAAGUCUGACGAACUUAAACGAGAGUAGUCAGACGAACCCCAGAGCAGAGCAGCUGAGGCGUCUCCUGCAGCGGACGGACUCGACGGAGGCCAUAGCAGCCCAGCGCGCCCUCCAGCUUAAGCGCCAGUACCUCCUCGGCGAAAACUCCAACCUGCCGAGGAAGUCCGUCUCCACCGCCGACCUCGGGAAUAGGUUCAAGAGCUUCAUGGACAAGAUUUCCGAGACGCAGAAGAUGCUCAACCCGGCGCCGCAGCCCUCCGCCGCCAUGCAGGCCUUCAUGAGCACCUCCUCCGUCGCCUCCCUGCGCAGCCCCUCCUCCUCACCCUCCUCCCCGCAGCUCACCGUGCGCUCCGUCUCGCUCCCACACGGCGACGACACCACCACCCCAACCACAACCGGGUCAUCCUCGCCCCCCACCACCACCGCCGGGGAGACCAAGGAUGUGGGGGAUAAGGUGGACAAAUCCGCCAUCACCACACGUAUUGAGAGUUCAGUGUAUCCGCGGGAGGGGACGCAGGGAGGGGGGGCGUUGAAGGGCUUCCCAGACACCUCAGAACUGGAGCAAGGCCAUGAGAAAGCCAUAGAAGUGGAGGAAUGUCUCGGCAGAAUCCCAGUCUCCGAGAGCAGUAGCGAGUCGAGCAGUGAGUCCAGCAGCAGCGGGGACUCAGACUACGACAACGUGCCCCCUGGAAGCAAGUGGUCGCCCCCGAAAAAAUCCCCGACGGCUAUCGAGCUCAAGCAACGCACCAGCACUGGGGUGACAGACAGCGCCUUCAGCGACGACACGGCCACUGACCCCCAAGGAAAGACCGCACCCCAGAGUGACAAGCCGUGGGUGAUAGACGAUGCGGUAAGGGGCGAUAAGAGAGGGGAGAGUGACGACGAUGUGUUCGGUCAGUCCGGUGGCGAUGGGGACAACGGGGCCGAGACGGUGAACCAGGAGCUUGUGUUGGCCAAUGCCCCGAGGUCGCUGGAUGGGCUGUAUAUUGGCACGCCGGUAACGCUACAGGACGAGGAGGAAGAGGAGGAAGGGAAGAAGGCGAUAGAGACCAAAAACCCGAUCUUCAGCCUCGCGGACGAACGGAGAGAAAAGGAGACGAAAGAGAGGAUAGAAAGGGAGGUAGAGGAACAUAGAGAGAGUAAAACGGAGAUAGAAAGCACAGAAAUAGAGCCUGAGAAAGAGGAGAUAGAGGAUGAAACUGUCGACGAGCUCUUCAACAAGCUAGCCAGCGACGCGGUGGAGGACAUCGACAAAUUCUCCGAGCUUGUGGAAUCAUCAACAGCGAACUACAACGGCUUCCCCUUCACCGACGACGCUGGACUCAAAGAAAACGAGGCGCCGGUGAUAGCCUGUGAUAAAGAGGGGAAGAGGAAGGAAGGCAGAGAGAGUGAACACGAGGAAGAGAAGUUCGACAGUGUUACAAAGAGAGACAUAGAGAGUGAGAGAAAGAGUGAAUUAGAGGAGGCAUUAGGGAGUGAGGCAAAAAGAGACAAGGCUGUGGACAGUGAGAUAAGGAGGAAACAGGACAUAAGGAGUGAGACGGAGAGAGAACUUGACGUAGAAGGUGACACGAAGAUAGAUAAGGCCUUGGACAGUGUGGCAAAGAAAGAUUUAGAGUUACAGAGCGUGGCAGACAGAGACCUGGACUUGAGAACUGUGCAGGAGAAAGAACAAGGAGAGAGAAGCAUCAAGGAGAGUCCACCCACGCCAACCGACAUCCGAAUAGCACUAACCAAGGACUCGGAGAAGCAACCAGAUAAGCUUAGUCUGAGUCCGAGGCAUUUAGCGGACCCCUCCUCGCUCACACCCAGCCCCAGCGAGGAGCUCCACCCGCCGCCCACGAAGGAGAGCUUGUCCAGUCCGGAGGAAGGGCGGGAGUACACGGAAACGGAGCUGUCGGACUGGGCGGGCGACAACGAGGGGGUGAGUGCCGGCGAGGACUUAGAGGUGGAGGUCAACGAGCGUGACCGGUCAUCGACGAAAGCGCCGAGGUCACGAGGGAUCGCCCGCAUCGCCUCCGAGGAAAGUCUUGGCGAUACGGACUCGGCGAUCUCGAGUGGGCAGAACUUAAGCGCAACACCGGCUAAACCCCCGACGUCCUUGGCCGAUCUGGAUGGUAUAGAGUUUAUGGACACGAGUGAGAGUGCCAGCAGCCCCGAGGAACAGAGUCACCAGAAACAAGGCUACCGGAAACUCGAGGAGGACACGCCGACUACCCCGCUAGCGCCCCAGAUCUCGCUGCUUGGGGAUAGUGCGCCGCCGGGUGAGGACUCCCCCCACAGCAGCGGCAGCCAGUCCGACAGCACCAGCACGGAGCUUGACACGUCCCAGAGCAGCGUCCAGGAGGCACCCAGCGGCGGGGGAGUGCCAGAGGGCCAGGAGAGUGCCGCCCAGCCUGCCAAAAGCAUGUCAGAGCCGCCGUCUCUCAGCGAACCCCAGGCCAAGGUGAACGGGGAAAAGCGCCACGACUCAUUCGAGGACUACACAUCCCCACGGCGUUACGAGGGCUACAUCCCGAGGUUCAGGGAGCGCAUGAGUCCCUUCGGCUAUGUGCGGGACUCCAUCGACAUCCAGAAGAGCUCCUCCAAGUCCUCCCUCACCUCCAGCCCCAGUGUGAAGGAGGAGGAGGAUAAGGAGGUGGAGGCAGCGCCGAGACUCACCCCCGAGGAGAUUCCGAGAAAGUCAAAGUCGGUCUCACCCAACACGGCCAAGAAGCAGAUCGAGACGAGCCUGAAGAGCAAGGACAAGGAGAAGGAGAAGGACCUGAUCAAGGAGAUGGUCAUGUCCAGGAUCACGCGGCGCAGCGCAGAGAAGACGCCGAGACGAAGCUCACGCACGUCGCCGAGCCCACUGUCCUCAACCAGCUCCCGGACGUCACUCUUCAGCCCUCAGUCAUCGCAGGAAAACCUCUUGGAGAAGUUUAACCAGCCAGCCAGUCCACCAGUCACUCAGCCUGCCACUCAUCCACUCACUCGGCCAGCCAGUCAGCCCCCCAGUCAGCCUCCCAGUCAGCCUCCCAGUCAGCCUCCCAGUCAGCCCCCCAGUCAGCCUCCCAGUCAGCCCCCCAGUCAGCCCCCCAGUCAGGCCGCCAGCCAGACCGAGGAAGGCAACAAGAAGCCCAUCCACGUGGAGCGCCAUCCACUGCUGCGGCUGGACACGGUGCAGCAGGAGUUCCCGGACAGCGGCCAGACCUUCGGCGCCGAGGAGAACCGGUCCAAGAUACGCGUCGGCACCUUCUUCCGCGACGACAGUGUCCUCGGCGGCCCAGAGUGGGGCGGCGGCCUGCACGAGGCGAGCGUCCCCUUCGCAGAUGACAUUCAGGAGGACGAGGUGUUUGAGGUGGGGGAGGAGGCGCUGAAGGGCCUCCUGGCGCCCCGACACCGCAGCCCCGCAGCGAGGCGCGGCACGGGCCCCGACACCCCCCGCCCCAAGCUGCCCGCCACCCCCCUCACACACCCCGAGAAGUUCCCCAGCCCCCCCGUCACCUUCCCUGGCCCCCCCGCUGGCCCCCCGCCUCCCAGCCCUGACCCCCCCACCCCCAGAGGCAUCAUGGCCCCCACCAGUGUCUCAGCCCCACCCAGAAAAAUUUCAGCCCCUGCCAACCUCAAGAUCAUCCCCAGAGGCUCCCCCGGCCCUGCCUCACCCCCCACCCCCACCACCCCUACCACCACCACCACCCCGGCCGCCACCUCCGUCACCCCUGUGCCCCUGCGGCCUCACCGAGCCGGCAGCCACGCCCGCGGCGGCUCCACCCCCACUGGCGAGCGGCCGCUGUCCACGCCUAACCUGGGCGUGGCUGCGGACCGGGAGCGUGCGCGGGAGGAGGCGCGCGGCCGGGCCAAGCUGCUGACAGACCGCGACCUUGGCCUGAGCCCGCCCACCACCGCCGACAGCCUGCGGGAGAAACUGAGGAAGGGCAGCGAGGGGGAGGCCGACGCCCCCACAUCAGCCCCGCCAGCAACCCCGCGCUCCGGCAAGGCAGCGGAUGUCACACCGGCCGCCCCCGCCAAGGACAAGGAGGAGCGUGUGCGUGAGCUUCUGGAGGAGCAGCGGCAGCGGCAGCGUGAGAGCGGCGAGCCCUCGGCGGAGGCGGCCAGCAAGGAGGACCGUGUGAGGGAGCGCCUGGAGGAGUACCGGCAGCGGCAGCGUGGCGGCGGCGGCGGCAGUGUUGCAGUGAGGAACGGCGGCGGCGGCAGCAGCGACGGCGGCGGCCGCCCCAACAGCCAGCUGCUGCGCCGCCACACCCACCGCCCGUCACUGCUGGAGCUGGAGUCCCUGCAGGUGUUCACGGCCGGCCUCGCACCGCCCAGCAUGUUCAGCAAAUCCGAUGACAAGAAGAAAACCGAUCACGCAGCGGAAGCGAGCGACCCACACUCCGCCGCCUCCACCACUGCCCCCUCCACCUCCACCACCCAUGCCCCCGCCCCGCCCCCCUCGGCCGCCGCCCCGCUGGACACCCCCAAGGCAGCUCCGCCCCCUAAGAGCCCCUCCACCGUCAGGGAUCGGCUCUCAAAACUUCGGUUGUCGAGAUCGAAGGAGAAGAAAAAGCAGGCCGAGAAGGGUCGAUCAACCAGCGUGGAUGACUCGAGUGGACGGCACGACGGCCAGGAUCCCCGGUCCGCCCUGUCCCUCCCAACCUCCCCCUCCCGCCGCCCGCUAACUCUCUUCCCCUCACCCUUCACUAAAGCCUCCCCUCCACCUCAAGCCUCAGGCACCCACCACCCCUGCCUGGCCCCCCCACGGAUUGAAGAGGAGGAGUCUGAGGAGGAGGCGGGCACCCCAUCAGGCACCCUGGAGAGGGGCCAACAGGCGCACUGGUCAGGCUCCAGCGGCCGCAAGCAGCGCAGUGCAGCGUUGAAGGCGGCGCGGCAGGCGGAGCUAAAGAGGCUGCGGAUGGCCCAGGAGAUCCAGAGGCAGCUUGAGGAGUGUGAGGUCAAGACGCGGGAGCUGGAGGAGCGCGGCGUGGCGGUGGAGAAGGCAUUGCGCGGCGAGGCGGGUGGGUGUGAGCGCGAUGAGGCGGAGCUGAUGAGUGAGUGGUUCGCCAUGGUACACGAGAAGAACGCGUUGGUGCGCUGGGAGCAGGAGCUGAUGGUGCGCGCCAAGGAGCUGGAGCUGGAGGACCGUCACGUCAGGCUGGAACACGACCUCCGACGGCGCAUGGCCCUGUCAGAGCAUGAGAAAUCCCGCGAGGAUAUCGACCGCGAGGGAACCAUCCUUGCGGAGAUGUUGAGUAUCCUGGAGCAGAAGGAUGCGCUGGUCACCAUGCUGGAGGAGGACAGACAGAGGUGCGGCCUCCACUACACCCCCGCCCCCCCACACACCUCCCCCUCCACCACCACCACCAACUCCACCGCCAACACUGCCUUCCGCCCUUGCUUCCACCUCCCCCCCGGCACAUUACAAGCUGAUUCACCUCUUAUUGCCUCUAAUCUAGCUCUUCUCACCUGUAAUUUAGCUCAUCUCACCUGUAAUUUACCUUUUCUAGCACCUAAUCCACCUGUUCUUGCUUCCAAUCCUCCUCUCUCACUCCCUGAUCCUCUCUUGUCAUCCCCUAAUCCUCCUCAUCUAGCAUCCGAUCCUCUUUUCUCACACUCUGAUUCUCCGAUCCUACCCUCUGAUCCUCUCUCAUCAUCCUCAAAUCCUCUUCCCUUGGCAUCUGAUUCUCUCUUACCAUCCCCUAAUCCUCCUCUCCUGGCAUUCAAUCCUCCUGAUCUUACCUCUGAUUCUCACUCCCUCCCUGAUUCUACACAAGCAGCAUCUGAUUCUCUUGUCCCGGUCUUGUAUUCUCAGUCCCCUCAAUCCCCUCUCUCUUCCUCUCAAUCCCCUCUCGCCUCCUCUCAAUCCCCUCUCUCCUCCCCUCAAUCCCCUUUCUCCCCAUCUCAAUCCCCUUUUCCCUCCCUUCAAUCCCAUCAACCCUCUCAUUCUGACACAUCCUCUUCUAACACACCCUUCCCUCGCCUCUCUCUACCCUCCCGUCGACACAGCAUCUUCGACAGUGACCCUUUGAGUCUGACCUUUGCCCCCUCCCGGCAGGCCAGGUCAAGGGCGAGUCUUUACAGCAGGUUGGCAAGGCUCAGACGCACGACCUUGCCUGACUUGACCUCUCGGGGAAGCCUGGUGACCUCUGACUCUAGCUAUGCAUACAAGCGCUCAUUCUCUGACCCCCUCAAUCCACACUUAGGCUCUAAUAUGUCCUUUUCAGACCAUUUCUAUUCUCACAAAAGCUCUUCUCUAUCCCUUUCUGAUGCUCUCUAUCCUUACCGGCAGGCUAGUCUAUCCUUUCCUGUCCCUCUGUCUCAUGGUAGGAUGUCUCAAGGGUCCUACAAGCCGGUAUCCUUGGGCGUUAAGGAGAGGGAAAGGAGUCCGGUAGCCACAGUCUGUUGGUAUGCUGUGGUGGGCGUGGUCAGCCUGUGUUCGCUGGUGUAUGCUCUGGGGGUUCUUUCACUAUUACUGUGGGGCUUGCCAACUCCCCCCUACCCUUUUUAGACACAGGAUAAGGAUAAAAUAGCUUGUUCUUUUUGUUCUUUCUUUCCUAUUAUCACAUCAUCAUCAUCAUCGUUUAACAUCCACUUAUUCCCUAUGGUGGGGUUGGACGGGACAUGAGCCUCCUCCACUGUUGCCGGUCCAUAGCCAUUUCUUCCGUGGUGUUCAGCCUCCUCAUAUCCUCCUCCACCGCCUUUCCCUAAUCCCCUUUCUUUCCCUCCUGUCAGCCCCUCUCCUUCCCUCCCCUCACCCCUCACCAAGCCUUUAACACAGUCCCCCUUUAAACAGUAACCACAAGAAUGGUCAGCCCCACAAUGCCUGGCUUCCUCACCUCAAAUGUUGUAACCACUAAUGUGCUAAUGUGCCUUCCUUCCCAGUGAGAGAAGGGGGCAGUAAUGCAGCUGCUUAAUUAAAUAGUAGAAGUAAUUAGUUUUAGUUGAGUCUGAGCACUGAGAACAAGUCUGUAUUAUGUAUGUAUGUACUAAUGGUGCUGGCCGUGCAUGUGUAUGAGUAUGAGAUAAUGAGGUGAGGGUCAUUAUGCUCAAGUUUGAUAUUACUGUAGUUAGAAGUAUUGUAUUUUUCUGUGAGUCUGUUCACCUGUAGCCAUGUAGUGUACCUGCAUGAUAGUUACCUGUCCCUAACCAUGUGUACAGCCUCACCUUGUUCACCUGUCCCGGCAGAAGAUAUCGGCUGACUGACUCACUUGAUCUUGUUCCCGUGUCACUGUCAGACGCUGCCUCUCACCAAGGCGAGGCAGGCAAGACCAGCCACCUUGAGGGUGCAUACACAAAGAAAGCAAGUUACCAGCUUACUGGAUACUACCACCUCCACUGGCUGCCCAUAACUACCUCCAGCCUGCACAGGUUGAGCAGGCAAGAAUGGUCCAAACAGUCAGGGAAGUGUGUUGGAGGUGGCUGCCAGCCACGCCACACUCCAGGCCGCUUCAUCCAGGCACGCCUCCACACUGGUCUGAGUCUUGGUGCAGGUUGGAGCCGGUAACCCAGGCUGGUGAACCUCCUGUCUUGGUGUAUGUGCCCUGAGGCAGACCACAGACCACACCACUACCAUGAACACCACCUUUACUGCCUCUGUUACCACCACCACCACCAUGACCACUACUGUAUUACCACUCAGACCACCUCAUGUAUCACCACACCUUCCAUUACCACUACUCUUACUGCCACCAUUAUCACCAGACCACCACCAUGACCACUACUGUAUUACCACUCAGACUACCUCAUGUAUCACCUCACCUUCCAUUACCACUACUCUUACUGCCACCAUUAUCACCAGACCACCACCAUGACCACUACUGUAUUACCACUCAGACUACCUCAUGUAUCACCACACCUUCCAUUACCACUACUCUUACUACCACCAUUAUCACCAGACCACUACCAUGACCACUACUACAGACAUCCACCAUUACUGUACAGACAACACCCAUUAUUAUAAACCAUUACCACCACCACUGUAACCAUUACCCUUCCCUUACUACCUCCACCACUAUGAGAAAUGACCCAUCACCAUUACACUCGCCUUACCCCUACUAGUGUUGACUCAUCACCAGCGUCACCAGAAACACCCAUCACACCACUAUUUAACUCCAUCAGUAGAAACACCCAUCACUACUUCUUCUAUGACGCACCACCACCACCAAUACUACCAACACAACACCUGUCUCUACCAACAUCACUUGUAUACACCCGCACACACACACACACACACACACACACACACACACACACACACACACACACACUUCAUUUCUUCCCUUCCCUCCCCUUGUCUGGCUGUCUGGUCGCCCGCACACUGGAGGAGGCAAGCAGCUGGCCCUCCCUCUGCCUUGUACGUCGAGGAGGACCGCGAUCUUGAGUCUGUGAUGCUGCGGAAAGGCCUGCAGCUGUCCCCCCAUAGACGGGAGACCGGCGUGUAGCAGCUGGCAACGUGUGGCAGUUAUUGUUACGUGGACCGGUGUUUAGUGGCAGGCGACAUGUGGCAACUGUUGUUAUAAGGGGUGUAGGGUGUUGGGUUGUGGGAUUACAGUGUGUGGAAGAGGUGUUGGUUAGGGUGUUAGAGGAGGGAAUGUGGUCACUGAAGGGUGUUUGUGUGUGUAUAAAAAGGGGGUUGAGGGUUUAAGAUGUGGAGAGAUGCAGUGCCGGAAGGAUGGAAGCAAGGAGGGAAGAAUGAGCGAAUGGGGUGGAUGAAAGAAAGAGUGAGAGAACAAGAGAUGAAGGUAAGAAGGUAUGGAAAAACAAGGUGACAGGAAGAAAGACAAGAGAUGAAAGGAAGAAAGAAGGAAGGAAGGAAGAAUGAGCGAAUGGGGCGGAUGAAAGAAAGAGUGAGAGAACAAGAGAUGAAGGUAAGAAAGUAUGGAAAAACGAGGUGAGAGGAAGAAAGACAAGAGAUGAAAGGAAGAAAGAAGGAAGGAAGGAAGAAUGAGCGAAUGGGGUGGAUGAAAGAAAGAGUGAGAGAACAAGAAAUGAAGGUAAGAAAGUAUGGAAAAACAAGAUGAUUGGAAGAAAGACAGAAGAGAUGAGAAAGGAAGAAGGAGGGAAGGAAGGAAGAAUGUGCGAAUGAGAGAAGAUGAAAGAAAGAGUGAGAGAACAAGAAAUGAAAGGAAGAAAGUAUGAAAAAACGAGAUGACAGGAAAAAAGACAGAAGAGAUGAAAGGAAGGAAGAAAAAGAGAAGAGAUGAAGGGAAGAAGAAAAAGAGGAAACAAGGAAAGAAGUGGAUAAGUACACCAGAAAGACAAACCAGAAGACAAAACAAGACAACCCAAGGACAGAAUCAACCCAAGCGAAGACAAGAUUCAUUCAAGUUUGCGAAAGAAAGAAGAAAAACAUCCGACGACUUCAAAACAAAGAAAGGAAAAAAAGGAAGACAAUAACUGAAGCAAUCCACAUCAAAACAAAAACAGGAUUCGUUGAAGUGCGUGUAAAGAAAAAAAAGAACAUAUGACUUGACUAAAACAAUAAAAGGAAAAAAGAAAAUCAAAACAAAACAAAACAAGAAGAAAAUUAGUGCAUCCAAGUGUGUGAGAGAGAGAAAGAAAACUGUCCGACUGGAAACACACAAACACACACACACACACAAAAAAAAAAAAAUAGAAAGUAAAAGAAUCAUCAAAAUGUGUGUAAGGAAAAAAAAAAAUCCAUCACUUCAAAACAAAACAAAGAAAAACAAAAAAAAUAAAUCACAAGUUUCGCUCUUAUGCAAACGUUAUGCAAGACUUUCUCGUGUCAUUUCUGCGCUGCCACUGUUGACGAUUGUCCUCUUAAACGCUCCUCUUAAGCUUUGCAGGAACAGCCGUAGAGGGAAGGGAGGGAGGGAAGGGAAGAGGAGCAGGAGGGGGAGGAAGUGUGUGUGAAGGGAGGGAAGAGAAGAAAGGAAGGGAGGAGAGAAAUUUGUGAAGGAAAGGAAGGGAGGAAAGAAAGGAGUAAUGAUAAGAGAAUGAAGGAAAGAGUAGAGAAGGGAAGAGGAGGAAAGGAGAAAUGGGUGAUGGAGAGGAAGGGAAGGAAAGGAAAGGAGGAAAGAAAGUUGAGAAUGGAAGAGGAGGAAAGGAGAAAUGGGUGAUGGAGAGGAAGGGAAGGAAAGGAAGGGAGGAAAGAAAGUUGAGAAUGGAAGAGGAGGAAAAAAGAAAUGGGUGAUGGAGAGGAAGGGAAGGAAAGGAAGGGAGGAAAGAAAGUUGAGAAGGGAAGAGGAGGAAAGAAGAAAUGGAUGAUGAAGAGGAAGGGAAGGAAAGGAAGGGAGGAAAGAAAGUUGAGAAGGGAAGAGGAGGAAAAAAUAAAUGGGUGAUGGAGAGGAAGGGAAGGAAAGGAAAGGAGGAAAGAAAGUUGAGAAUGGAAGAGGAGGAAAAAAUAAAUGGGUGAUGGAGAGGAGGGAAGGAAAGGAAAGGAGGAAAGAAAGUUGAGAAGGGAAGAGGAGGAAGAAAGAAAUGGGUGAUGAAAAGGAGGGAAGGAAAGGAAGGGAGGAAAAAAGAAAUAAGUAAAGGAAAGAAAGGAAGGAAAGAAGGAAAAAAUCAAGUAUGAAAAUGGAAAGGGAAAAAAAUUGAGAAAGUUUAAAAGGAGGAAAAAGGGAAAGCGUUGAGAAAGGUGUGAAGGGGGAGAGGAGGAUCUUGGGAAAUGGUCAGAAAGAUGUGUGUUUGUGACAAUAGUAUUCACCAGCCUCUAAAACCCUGUGCCUUUCUUUAUUAGCUGUGACGACAAUGGUGAAUGAGCAGACUUGGGAUGGCUGCCUCGUCUUCUGCCUCCUUCCUAUCUUUUUCCUCCUCCUCCUCCUCCUGAUCUUAAGCAUCCUAAUCCCUCUUUUUUGUUCUUAUUUUUCAUCCUUAUCUUUUUCUUCCUCCUCUUCCUCUUCCUGAUCUUAAGCAUCCUAAUCCUUAUUUUUUUGUUCUCCUUUUCAUCCUUAUCUUUCUACUUUCCUUCUUUUAAUCUUUCUUAUUCUUCCUCUUUAUCCAUUUUUUUCAUCCUUAUCUUCUUCUCUUCCUUCUUUCUCAGUCACUCCUCAGAACAAACUCAUUUUUAUCCUUAUCUUUCCUCCUCCUCCUCCUCCUUCUCUCAUUUCCAAAACAAGCUUAUUUUUAUCUUCCUCUUCCCUCCUCCUCUUCCUCUUCCGUCAGUCCUCAACACAAGCUCAAUCUCACAAAUCAAACAAAACAGUAGAUAGACUAAGAAAGAAAGAAAACUGUGCAGACACCAGCCAACAAAAUAACAAUAAUAACAAUAAUAACAAUAACAAUAAUAAUAAUAAUAAUAAUAAUAAUAGUUUAAUAAAUUAACUAACUUGGCCGGGAAGUGACGCCAGCUGACUCAAUGGUUCUAUUCCUGGCUUGUCCUAGUACGGUCGAUAGUAACAAAAUAAUAAUAAUAAUAAUAAUAGUGAUAAUACUACUACUCUCUCCCUCCAUUUAGUCAACAAAAUUGGUGUUUUAAAUGUAAAUUUACACAAAUCUUGGUUCUGUAUUUCCCUUUUACUUUCCCUUCCCUGUGAAAAGGCUGCCCCAGGUGUGUUAGGCUUGGAAAGAUGUUGUAGAAGGUGUGGCACGUGUGACAGGUGUGUGACAGGUGUGUGAAGGCAUACAGAGCUGUGACAGAUGGAAAGAUGUGUUUGUGUCCCCAGCAAGGGACAGCACCAGACGUGGCAAGACUCAAGGCUCUGAUCUGUGCUGCUGUUUUCACCCACAAGUCCCAAGUGGCAGAGCUUAUGUAAGGGGGCAUGAGGGGGGGAUGGCUGGAGGAAAAUACUCCUGGGGCCACCAAUAAAUUAUUUUUUAUUUUUUAUUUUUUUUAAGUGCUGAAAGCUGACCUGUAGCCACAGGGGGCUUUGCCCCCCUUUAAAACUCAUUAGCUCUUUCAGAACUUACAAGGAUACUUGGAAAGAAAAGUCUGGAGCAAAUCCCCGGCCAUAGAAACAGCCUGGCUACAGGCCUGCUGGAAGGACCAUUCUUGAACCCACUCAAGGCUCCCUCCCACCCCCCUCUACCCCCUGCCAGUCCUCAAACCCCCCUUCCCUACCCUUCCCUUGUGUGUGUGUCAGUACAUCUCAACCUCAUUCUUACUUAACUUAUGUUCACUCAUUCUCUUGUGUUGUGUAAUUUUUUUUUUUUUCUCAUUCUUUCUCAUUCCCUUUUCUCAAUUAGUGAUUUCAUAUUUGCUUUAUUAAUUAUUUUCCUCAUACUCUUACCUCUUAAUUGGUUAUUAUUAAUUUUUUCAUUUGUAUUUCUAAUUUAGGAGAGCAAUUUUUUCUUCAUCCGUUUGUUUACGAGAGCAAUAAGGAGUCUGUCUUUUGUUUAUUUUGUGUGUGUGAUAUGUAACAAACACACAUUAUCCCAUACCUUACCUUACCCAACCUAACCUUACCUUACCUGACCCUACCUCACCUUCCCUUAGCUUCCCUCCCCUACCCUUCCCUACCUUACCCUUCCUUUCCCUUCCCUUCCCCUCCAUUGUUGUUGUUUUCCCAAUAACCCAUAACUGAUUUUUAGCUUUAAUCUGUGCAUUUGUAAAUAGGAAACCUUAAGGAACCACACACACACACACACACACACACACACACAUCAUGAGACUCGCUAAGUGUAUAUUUUCCUCUGCGUACGAUAAGGCUUGAGAAUAAUUUGCCUUUAUUUCGAGAUCCGAGAGACAGACAGAGAAGGUUGACAGAGUAACGAUUCUGUCUAGCUAACCAGUGCAGAGACAGACAGACAGUUAGACACAGAAUAAUUUGCACAUUUCCUUGACUUUUCCCUUUGUUUUGAGAGCUGAGAGACAGAGAAAAUUUGACAGGGUAAUGAUUGUCUAGCUAACCAGUGUAGGUAGACAGACAGACAGAGACAGGCAGACUGAUAGAAAAAUAUACACACUUUCCUAACUUUUGCCUUUGUUUUGAGACCUGAGACAGAGAAAAUUUGACAGGGUAAUGAUUCUGUCUAGCUAACCAGUGCAGACAGACAGACAGGCAGGCAGGCGAGGUACCAUCACAAGAGGGUACACACAUAUACAGUUUCUCAUCAUAGCAGCUACACAAUCCUCUUUUUCCCCCUCAUGUAGAGUUCAAUCCUUUUCUUAGGCCUGUAUGUAUUAGCGAUAGUGUCAAGGUUCACACACACGCACACAUACAUACAUACUUACAUGCGUUUAUAAAUAGUAUAUAUAUAUUAUUGAUCGCGGCGUCUGUUAAGGUGACGGAGGAGGAGGAGGUGAAGGCGGUGUACGUGGAAUCAAUAUCGCGCUCUAAUUUAUAUAUCUUUUGUACGGAUUCAUUGUCCCGCCCCGGCUGUCGCGGCGACGCUUGUACUAUAUCAUUAUUUACCGUGGUGCUCCAAAGUAAAGGAAAUCUUGCUA